AGAGACGCAAAGAGCACCAAAAUGAACCAGCGUGCGGCACACUACACUGCGGCUGCCGUUCGCGGCAAGCCUGCUGCAUUAGAGAGUUCUGAAGAAGACUCGACUGACCCACAUGCACAUCGCAAAGGCAGCCCCGUGAAAGCGCGGUCUCCUAGUGAUAAUGCGUUACUGGGAACGGACGAUGACCGCAUCGACCCUGGAGAGGAUGAAGGCGAUGACCUUGUCGACGAUCUGGACCAAACUGCAGCCUACGCAGCGUUUCUACAAGAACAAGCAGAGAUGCGAGCUAGAUUCACAUUCAAGGACGAGACCCGGAAAACGCUUGGAGACAAAUUCAUUGCCGCGCUGCGUCGGAAACGCCGCAUGCUUGGACGCAACGAGAACCUCCGCUUCCGCGAGUUGUACAAGCCGCCGGAGCCCAUUGCAGUGCUGUUGGUGCUCGUGGUGUCGGCUGCAGUGACGCUUAUCGUAACGAAGUCUUGGCCAUUCUACUAAUUCUUAAUGAGAAUUGCACGUUUAAACUUGA